GCCAGGUCGCGUAGUCCCGGUGCCGCGAGUUCUCCAGUGAGCGACCGGACCGGAUGUCCCGCCGGAUGUCCGACCGGACACCCACGGCCAUGGCGAGAAUGAAACAUCUGUGGAUCUUGGCGCUAUGGAUGCUGUCGUCUCAUCUCGUCGAAUCCCGGGACGGAUUCGGACAUGCGAUGAGAGGACAAGUAUUCUUCCUGAACCUCGAAGACGGAUACUUCGGUUGUCAGAUGAACGCGUCGACGGACAUUUUGCAGCUCCUCGAAUUAUCUAAACUUUGCGAUGGCCAUGCCGACUGUUACGAGGGAACCGACGAGAGACCCAAGGAACUCAAAUGUACCAGCGACUGCAAAAAAGGAGCGGACGACGAGUGCCAAAAUGGCGUCUGCCUGGACUCGGUUUGCCACUGCAACGACGGAUUUGGAGGCUGCAAUUGUCACGUUCCAGACGAGAACGAGUGCAAAUAUCGUCCUUGCGACAUUUUCGCGCACUGCACCAACACCCUCGGUGGCUUCCAGUGCUCUUGCUUCCCCGGGUAUCAAGGUGACGGCUUCCACUGCAAAGACAUCGACGAGUGCGAGGACCCCGCCAUUGCUGCACUGUGCGUCGAGAACGCGGAGUGCUGCAACUUGCCGGCGAAUUUCCUUUGCAAAUGCAAACAGGGCUACACGGGAAACGGAGAAGAGUAUUGCGAAGACAUCGACGAAUGUUUAACACCGAAUGCGUGUGGCGACAAUGCCCUGUGUCGCAAUAUACCUGGCAAUUACACCUGCGAGUGUCCCGCGGGGUAUACGGGAGAUCCACACGUGACGUGCGUCGACCUGAACGAGUGCGAGAGCAAAGGGGCCUGCGGCCGCAGGGCAAACUGCAUCAACAUCCCAGGUGCAUAUAAAUGCAUCUGCCCUGACGGUUACGAUGGAAACCCCGAAGAAGAGUGCAGCGACGUCGACGAGUGUCUCGGAAAUCCAUGUCAUCGGUCCGCCCUCUGUACCAACGUGGAAGGCGGCUAUCGUUGCUUGUGUCCCGAAGGAACGGACGGAGAUCCUCUGUCAGGAUGUCACGACAUCGACGAGUGCGCGUCCUACAACAAUCCUUGCGGCGUUAAUGCGAUUUGCAAGAACUCGGUGCCGGGAUAUAAAUGCGUUUGUCCCCAAGGAUACUCAGCCAACCCCAAGCCCGAUGUUUCGUGCAUUCAGACGAACGUAACGACUCGAUGCAAAUCCAACUUCGACUGCGUCAACAAUGCGGAGUGUAAGGAAGAACAAUGCUUCUGUAAAAGUGGCUUCGAAGGUGUCGGUGCCGAAUGCAAGGACAUCAACGAAUGCAUAACGAAUCCUUGCGGACCGGCUUCGGUCUGCGGCAACACGAAGGGCGGUUUUCAAUGCGACUGCGAAACUGGAUUCAUCGGCGCUCCACCUCACGUUCCUUGCAAAGCACCCUGCGACGAGGUGGUUUGCGGUGCCCAUGCGUUCUGCAAGGCUGACGGACAGGAAGCGUACUGCAUCUGCGAGGAAGGCUGGACAUUCAAUCCGAACGAUAUCGCAGCAGGCUGCAUCGACAUCGACGAGUGCGACGUUGUAAACGGUCCAUCCGGGCGCUGCGGUCAGAACGCGAUUUGCACGAACACCCCAGGAGGCUUCAGCUGCCAAUGCAAAGCAGGCUACUCCGGAAAUGCGCUUAAACAAUGCAUAGACGUGGACGAGUGCGCUAACCGAGAUGCCUGCGGACACGGAGCCACGUGCACCAACACGGAAGGUGCCUACUCCUGUUCCUGUCCGAAGGACACGAUUCCGAAUCCAGAUCCUUAUAUAAAGUGCGUUGGAGUGGUGACAUGCGGCACGGACGACGACUGCCCUGGAAAUGCGAUUUGCGACAGUCAGAAACGAUGCCUCUGCCCGGACCCCAACAUCGGGAACGACUGCAGACAUCCGUGCGAGGACGUGACUUGCGGACCCAACGCCAGGUGCAUGCUGAUCAACGACGAGGCUACGUGUCUAUGCAGCAGCGGGUAUACCGGGAAGCCGAGGAUCGGCGAAGGGUGCAGGGACAUCGACGAGUGCGGAGCCAACCCCUGUCCCCCGGGGGCAGUCUGCAAAAACGAACCAGGGUCCUUCUCCUGCGAGUGUCCGGGGGGCAUGUCAGGAGACCCCUACACGGGAGGCUGCAGGAAGUCGGAACUACCGCACGUGUGUGGACCGCACUUGCCAUGUCCCACCGGUGAACAAUGCGUGAAAGAUGAGUUCAUCGGCAGCAGUGUCUGCAUCUGCCAGAGGGGGUACACCAGGAACGCCGAGAGCGGGAAAUGCAGAGACAUCAACGAGUGCAUCGAGUUGACGGACAAGCAAGCUUGUGGACUGAACGCCAUCUGCAAGAAUCUGCCAGGAAGCUACGAGUGUCAGUGUCCUCCAGGGUUCAACGGCAACCCCUAUUCCCUCUGCGAAGAGUGCAACAGCAUCGAGUGCCAGUGCCAGCCGCCGUACAGAAUCGUGGAGGGCAAGUGCAUCCUGGCCGGCUGCUCCAAGGGCGAGAAAUGUCCCGGUGGGGCGGAGUGCAUCACCAUUGCCGGUGGGGUCAGCUACUGCGCCUGUCCCAAGGGUUUCAGUACCAGGUCCGAUGGCCUGUGCGAAGACAUCAACGAGUGCACCGACAGUCAUCAAGUCUGUGGUUACGGGGCGGAGUGCGUCAACCUUCCCGGCUCUUAUCAGUGCGUCUGUCCACACGGAUACGACGGGGAUCCGUACAACGGGCUCUGUUCUCCAGCCCAGAAGAGGUGCAUCAGCGACAACGAGUGCAAGCCGAACGAAAAGUGCGUCCAGCCUGGCGAGUGCGUCUGCCCUCCACCGUUCUACAUGGACGUGUUCGACGGGAACUCGUGCAAGAAUCCCUGCAAUCGGUUCCCUUGCGGCAUCAACGCCAAGUGCACGCCGAGCGACCCUCCCAAGUGCAUGUGCGAGGCCGGCUACGAGGGGGAUCCUCAGCACGGAUGCAUCGACGUUAACGAGUGCAUCAACAACCCCUGCGCUCCUGGAGCCCACUGCGUCAACACCAAGGGAGGCCACAGCUGCGAGUGUGGAAAGGACCUGAGCGGCGACCCCUACGGUGCCGGAUGCACCGGGGUGCCCGUAGCCAAGCAGGGCUGCACUUCCAACAACGACUGCGAGAAUUACCUGGCCUGCAUCAACGGCAACUGCCAGAACCCCUGCGACACCGUGUCCUGUGGACCGAAUGCGUUCUGCGAGCCUGACAAGCACACGGCCUGGUGUAGGUGCGUCGUUGGCUUCAACGAGGGCCAGAACAACGAAUGCGUGUCUCCCUGCGAUGGAUUCGUGUGCGGGAUCGGUGCACACUGCAUCGUCAGCUACGACGGGCCGACCUGUAAGUGCAUCGAGGGCUUCAUGGGGAAUCCGUUCCCGGGGGGUCGGUGCACUCCGGACGUGUGUUCCCCCGAUGUGCCUUGCGUCGAGCCCAGCAUCUGCGUGAGCGGCCGUUGCAAGCGCCGCUGCGAGGACGUCAUUUGCGGCGUCGGGGCGUCAUGCGACCCUGUUUCAGGGAAGUGCGUUUGCAACCCAUAUUUCGUCGGAAAUCCAGACCUCCUGUGCAUGCCGCCCGUCCAGCCACCGCUCUGCGAUCCAGCCUGUGGUAACAAUGCUCAUUGCGAGUACGGUCUCGAUAAGGCAAAAUGUGUCUGCAACCCUGGCACCAGCGGAAAUCCUUACCAUGGAUGUGGCGCUCAAGAGAAAUCGGACUGCUCGAGUGCAUUGUGUGGUAAAGACGCACAAUGCAUCGCGGGUCCUAACGCGGUGGAGUGCCUCUGCCCAUCGGGCUUCGCUGGGAACCCGUACAUCCAGUGCUAUGACAUCAACGAGUGCAACGGCAACGCCUGCGGCGCCCACGCGGUGUGCAUCAACACGAACGGAGGCUACGACUGCAGGUGCAUGGAGGGGUACGUCGGGAACCCCUUCCGUAUGUGCCAAGAAUCGCAGGCGAAUCCUUGCAGCGACCCGACUACGUGCCAGUGCGGCCCCGAGAAGCUGUGCCCACGGGAUUACAGCUGUAUCGAGGGUCGGUGUGUCGAUAGGUGCAGCGACGUGACGUGUGGACCGAAAUCCGGGUGUCAGGACGGCAUUUGCAUUUGUCCACCGGGGUACAGCGGGGAUCCGAAUGACCAGGAGAACGGUUGUCGCUUGACGGGACACUGUUCCAACGACCAGCACUGCGACGCUCAGCAGAUCUGCUUCCAAGUGGGCAAGGGGGUCCGCAAGUGCGUGGACGGCUGCAGCAAGCUGCAAUGCGGCCCCAACGCGCUCUGUCUGACCCAACACCACGUCUCCUCCUGCAUCUGCAUCGACGGGUACCUGGGGAACCCCAGCGACCUGGUCGAAGGCUGCCAACCCAAGAGAUCGGGGGCGGUCCCUACCUGCAGUCGCAACGAGGACUGUCGGCAAGGGUUCCUCUGUCUGCAGCAGGACGACGGGAUCCACGAGUGCGUGGACGCGUGCAGCAAGACGACCUGUGGAGCCCAUCAGCGAUGCGAGGCCGACGCCGGAGGACACGUCGUCUGCGUGUGUCAGGAUGGAUACGAGUGGAAUCCGGAGUCUUUCUCCUGUGAAAAGCCUGCCGUGCCGGACUGCACCGGGGAUCAAGAGUGCAAGUCGGAUUCGGUCUGCCGCCCCGAUGCCGUCGGGGUUCUGAAGUGCGUGUCCAUCUGUGGGAUGUUCACCUGCCCAGAGAACUCCAGGUGUGUGGCUAGCGAGCACAAGGCCAGGUGCGAGUGUUUGCCAGGUUUCGAAGGCAACCCCAACGAUCGCACGGGGUGCCAGACCGCUCGCAGGGACGCCUGCAGCUCCGACUCCGAGUGCCCCGAGGAUAGCACCUGCAGGUCCACGGACGAGGGCGUGCUGGCUUGCCGACCGGUCUGCGACUUCGUCCGCUGCGGUCCCAACGCGCUGUGCGUGGUCAACAACCACGCGGCCAUUUGCGAGUGCCCGCCUGGCCUCUACGUUGGCGACCCCGAUGGCGGCGAUGGCUGUAAAACCGUGCCCUGCGUGUAUAACAUCGAUUGUCCACCCACCCAGCUCUGCAACAGGCUGACCCACACCUGCUACGACGCGUGCGACGACUCAGCCUGUGGUCAGAACGCGGUCUGCGUUGCCGACGACCACCGUGCGGUCUGUAGGUGCCCACCGGGUUUCAAACCUAAUCCCCUGCCUGACGUCGAGUGCAUCGGUGUCGACGUGUGCAACUCGGACUCCUGCCACCCGUCUGCGAUAUGUGUGGCCGACGCGUCCAAUACUCCCAUCUGCAAGUGCCCCGAGAACCACGUGGGGGAUCCCUAUUUCGCAGGGUGCCAGCCGGAAGGAUACUGUGCCGAUCAGCAUGAUUGCCCCUUGCACUCCGUCUGCAAGAACCAUGGAUGCGUCAAUAUUUGCGACAACGUCUGCGGCCCCAACAUGGUCUGCGAGAUCGCCAACGACGAGCCGGUCUGCAAGUGCAACUACAAGUUCGUGCCAUCGACCAAAGGGCUGCACCAUGGAUGCAUCAGGUACACCAGCUACUGCACCAUCGAUGCCGACUGCGAGGGCACCGUCUGCCUCGAAGGGCAAUGCAGAGCCGUUUGCCGCUCGGACACCGACUGCUCCCACAGCGAGAUAUGCCAGAACAAGAAGUGCGUCGUGUCCUGCACCUCGCAUGGAAAUUGUGAGGCUGACGAGGCCUGCAUCAACGGAAUCUGCAUCCUGGGCUGCCGUGGGAACAAGAACUGCCCCUUGAACCAGUCCUGUAUUCAAAGUAAAUGCCAGGAUCCCUGCGCGAGAGACAACGUGUGCGGUCCGAAUGCCGUCUGCAACUGCGUGGACCACAUCGCAACCUGCGCCUGCCCGCUAGGGUUCCAAGGGAAUCCGACGCCCGAUCAGGGGUGCGUGAGGAUCCAGAAUGGCUGCAGGACCUCCAGCGAGUGCCCCUCCCAGCACGUCUGCUCCAACGGGUUCUGCCAGUGCCAGUGCAGCCAACAGGUGGACUGUGCCCAGGGUGAACGAUGCAAAAGUGGACUCUGCGUCAAGGUUUGUUACGGAGAGAGCAACUGCUUGCCUGGCGAGCUCUGCAUCAACGGCAGCUGCGAGGCUGGCUGCACCUCCGACGCGGGCUGCAACGUGGAUCAGAUAUGCAUCAACAGCAAGUGCAGGUGCUCCCACGGUUUUGUCCCCGGUCCCGAGGGAUGCGUCGACGUCGACGAGUGCGAGAAGCAACCGUGCCAUCCCACUGCGGAGUGCACCAACCUGCGAGGAACUUUCCGCUGCAGCUGCCCUCAAGGGCGGAUUGGCGACCCGGUGGUGACAGGUUGCGCGAUCCCGCAUCACUGCAGCUCCAACAGCGAUUGCCAUGAUUCCCAGGCCUGCAUCCAACGCAAUUGCUCCGACCCCUGCUCCUUCGUCAGCUGCGGAUCGAACACCGUGUGUUCCGUCUUCGACCACGCUGCCAGUUGUCAGUGCUUGACGGGGUAUAUUGGCGACGCCACCGGCUGUUUCAAGGUGGAGUGCCUCUCGAACACGGACUGUUCCAGCGACAAGUACUGCAACCAGGAGACGAACAAGUGCACAAGUCCCUGCAACCAGGUCAACUGCGGCUAUGGGAAUUGCGUGGCGAUCGAUCAUGUCGCUGUCUGCAAGUGCUAUCCUGGCUUCACUCUCGUCGACGAAAUAUGUGCGGAUGUCGAUGAGUGCGCCUCCAAGCCGUGCCAUCCUACCGCAAUAUGCCACAACACCGAGGGCGCGUUCACCUGCAAGUGCCCUCACCACCUGGUGGGCGAUCCACUGACCCUGGGCUGUAAACAACCUGGAGAAUGCUUUUCGGACCUGGACUGCCCGAGCUCCGCGUCGUGUCUGGAGAAUAUGUGCAAGAACCCCUGCGACGACCCUACAGUGUGCGGUCAGAAUGCGGAAUGCAUCUCCGAGGACCACAUCCCGUUCUGCAGAUGUCCGGAGCAAACCACUGGGAACCCGAAGAUUCGCUGCGACCACCUGGAGUGUAACUACCACAGCGACUGCGACCCCAACAGCGCCUGUUUCACCAACAAGUGUGUAGACCCCUGUUCCGUGUCGAAUGUGUGUGGAAAUGGCGCCGACUGUUCCCCAUCGAAUCACAGCGCGGUUUGCGUCUGUCAACCUGGGAAAACUGGGGAUCCGAACCUGGGAUGCACUCCGGUGCAGUACUGUCAGACCGACACGCAAUGCCCCACGGGGCUGGCGUGUAAAGGAGGGAUCUGCACGGCUCUUUGCACCAACACGAGAGAUUGCUUUGGCGAGCAGCUGUGCAUAAACGGGCUGUGCCAGCCGACGUGCAGAAGCAACGCGAGUUGCCCGGAUUUCCAAUACUGCCGCAACAACGUGUGCGUACAAGAGUUCCGUUGCGUUCACGACAGCGAUUGCGAGCAGGAGGAGAAGUGCGUGCGGAAUGACGUGGGCCAGGCGGAGUGCAAGAGAGCUUGCGACCUGAUCUUCUGCGGUCGCAACGCGGAGUGCAGAGCGGAGGUGCACCAGGCCGUCUGCUUCUGCAGGGAGGGCUUCCACGGGGACGCGAACGACGAAAAAAUCGGCUGCCAGUCGAUCGAGUGCGAGACCGACGACCACUGUUCGCAGGAGAAAAUCUGCACGGAUCGCAGGUGCGAAAUCGCCUGUCUGACGCGCAACCCCUGCGGAGUCAACGCGGUCUGCUCGGCAUCGAACCACGUCCAGACGUGCACCUGCCAGUCAGGGUAUACCGGGAAUCCGUAUCAAGGAUGCGAGCUGGUGGACUUGUGUCUGAACGGCCCCUGCGCGCCGGGCGCGACCUGCGACAACUCUAGGGGGUCUUUCCGCUGCAACUGCCAACCCGGCACAGUUGGAGACCCCUACAACGGUGGUUGCCAACAACCCGUGGAGUGCGUCCAGGACGACGACUGUCCACUAUCCGCGACCUGCGUGCCUUUGGACGACACCUUGAAAUGUGCCGACAUCUGCGCGCGGUUGCAGUGCGGCCCUAAUGCGGAAUGCGUAGUAGAUGCCCACGUGGGGUCCUGCAGAUGCCAUCGAGACUACGAUGGGAAUCCCAACGACUUGAGGAUCGGCUGCCAGCCCAAGCCCAUCGGCUGCUCGACCAGCUCCGACUGCUCCCCCAACAUGUACUGCUACGAGCAGAUCUGUCGACCGACCUGUCAACUGGACGAGGAGUGCAAUCUGUCCGACAUCUGCUUUAACGGUCAAUGUCUGAACCCCUGCGACGUCAAAAACGCCUGCGGCCUCAACGCCGACUGCCAAGUGCGAAACCACGUGAAGCAGUGCAGCUGUCCUCCGGGCUUCACAGGAAACUCCACGAUCGAGUGCGUCCGGUUUCCCGUCGCCUGCCGAGACGACAACGACUGCAGCGCUACCGAUGCAUGCCGCGAGAACGUGUGUCUUCCUCUUUGCAACAUCGACAACGACUGCGCCCUGAACGAGAAAUGCAUCCAAGGGAGUUGCCUGUUGACCUGCAGGUUGGUCAACGACUGCUUCCUGGGACACGUCUGUCUGCGGAAUAUCUGCACCGCAGGGUGUCGCGGAGACCAGGACUGCGACGCGAACGAGGCCUGUGUCGGCAACAAGUGCAUCAACCCCUGCGAGUUGAUGCCCUGCGGACCGAACGCGAGGUGCACCGUGCUAAACCAGAGGGCCACCUGUUCCUGCCCCGCAGGGUUCAUGCCGAACCCCAGUCCGAAGAUCGCUUGUCUGAGGUCUCCGGGCACCCAGUGCCACGAGAAUCGCGACUGCGAAAUCGGCACCAGGUGUCUUGAAGGUUCUUGCACCCCUGUAUGCUCGUCCCACGCCAACUGUCUGAGCAACGAGCGAUGCGACGUCAACGGGGUCUGCAAGUCCCUCUGCAAAAAGGACGAGGACUGCAGGAGCGGGGAGAUCUGCGAGGGCUUGGUCUGCUCCAAGGGCUGUCGCUCCGAUGGGGAGUGCCAGAACGACUACUCCUGCCUGAACAACCUGUGUACAGACGAAUGCGCGCUGCCCAAUGCGUGCGGCAUCAACGCAAAGUGCAAGAUGGCGAACCAUGGCCGGCAGUGUUAUUGUCCUCAGCCUUUGGUAGGCGAUCCCAACGUGGGGUGCAAGCAGCCCUUCCAUCCCUGUUCCCUGAACGACGACUGUCUUCCUGGUCAGACGUGCUACGACCGACGCUGUUCCGACGCGUGUAGAAGUGACGCCAACUGCCUGAACGACGAGCGCUGCGAUGGAGGACUCUGCAAACCCAUCUGCAAUUCCGAUGACCAUUGCGCGGCGAAUCAGAUCUGCAGGAACCGUCUUUGCACCGAAGGGUGUCGAAACGACAACGCCUGCUCCGCCGAGGAGUCCUGCAUACAAAACGCCUGUAAAAAUCCGUGCCUAGAUUCCAAGGUGUGCGGCGAGUGUGCGGAAUGUCGCGUCAUCAACCAUGCCAUUCAAUGCAGCUGCCCUGUCAAUUAUUAUGGCAAUGCGCUGAUCAGCUGUUCGAAGUCGCUGAUUCCUUGCGAUGGCUCCUGCGAGUGCAACGAAAUCGGCUUUUGCGUCAAGUCUUGUGGUUCCCAAAGCGACUGCUCGUGUGGAGAGGUCUGCUACAAUGGAAUGUGUCAGAUGAAAUGCGACAACCACAACGCCUGCCACAAGGGCUACAUUUGUCAAGAAGGCCUUUGUCUGGUGGGCUGUCGCAUCAACUCGGACUGUCCGUCGUCCUUGACUUGUAUAAACGGCAGAUGCACGGAUCCUUGUCUGAACGGAAACUCGCCUUGCGGGGUGGAUGCGUUGUGUCGCGUCUCGAACCACCGCGUGGUGUGUUUCUGCCCGGAAGGGUUCCAGGGCGAGCCGAGCGUCAAGUGCUACCAGCUGGAAUGCCAGCAAGAUAACGAUUGCGAGUCGAAUAAGAGGUGCGGCGAAGACGGGAUCUGCACAAACCCUUGUCUGAAACACGACGCGUGUGGGUUGAACGCCCAGUGCAGGGUGGUGGACCGAAACGCCCUAUGCUCCUGCCCACCGGGUCACUUUGGAAACCCGAAGAUCAGCUGCAGGAGAGGUGGGGACGAGUGCCUGAGAAGACCCUGCGGUCCCAACGCGAAGUGCAGGGACAACUCCGUAGGAGGUGUCGAGUGCAUCUGCGAGCCCGGAUGCUACGGGGAUCCCUACCGAGGGUGCGUCUGCGAGAGAGGAGACCCUUGCAACGAGGUGCAGUGCGGAAUUAACGCGGAAUGCAGAAUUUACGAUAACCAACCGCAAUGCUUCUGCCCGCCGCACUUGCCAUCCGGCGACCCGGCCUAUGCUUGCACUUCGGCGGGAAGCUCGAAAACGGACUGUCGCACCUCAGGCUGCGGAAAGGGCGCGGAGUGCAUCAGAGAGGGCACCGUCUUCGUGUGUCGAUGUCCACCCGGAGCGAACGGCUCGCCCAACGUCGAGUGCUUCACAGAGAGCGAGUGCGGCGAGGACGCGGAGUGCCCCAGCGAGAAGGCCUGCCUGGGCGGGCAAUGUCUGGACCCUUGCGCGCUGCGCGGGGCGUGCGGGGCGAACGCCCUGUGCCGGGUGGUGGCGCACAAGGCUCGAUGCGCGUGUCCGCAGUGCCACGUGGGGGUCCCGCGCGUGGCGUGCCGGCCGGACCCGAAGUGCGAGCGGCCGUCGUCGGGGGCGCCGGCACCCGCGCCGCCGUCGGGGCCGCCGGCGGCGUCGCGGGGCUGCGCCUCCCACGCGGACUGUCCGGGGGGUCUGGCGUGCCACGCGGCGACCGGCGAGUGCCGCGACCCCUGCCUGCCGACGGGCGGGCGGCCUCGCGCCUGCGGGCCCGACAAGCGGUGCCAGGUGCGCAACCACGAGCCCACCUGCGUCUGCAGGGGCGGCUUCGUCGUCAACGAGCUCGGCGAGCUCGCCUGCGCCCCGGACACCCUCGCGUGCACCCAGGACGCCGAGUGCCCGUCCAACGCCGCCUGCAUCGCCGCCCGGUGCCAAAACCCCUGUAACGCCCGCGGCAAGCCCGCCUGCCCCGACGAUAAGACCUGCAACGUGCUGGACCACCGUCCGAUCUGCACGUGCACCCGCGACUGCACUCCCUCCCUCUCGAUCUGUCUGCGCGACACCGGAUGCCCGCCGGACCUGACCUGCCGCAACUAUCGCUGCGUGGACCCCUGCGCCGAGUCCACCUGUCCGGCCGACGCCCCCUGUUACGUGGAGGAGCACAAACCUAUCUGCAAGUUCUGUCCCGUCGGCUUCGUGCCGGACUCCCAGUACGGAUGCCUCAAAGAGGUCGACAUCAAGGUGGAGUCGCCCUGCCACCCCUCGCCCUGUGGACCGAAUUCAGUGUGCCAGGUGAAGAUGGGCAGGCCGGUGUGCUCCUGCCAGAGCAACUUCGUCGGCAGUCCGCCCGACUGCAGGUCCGAGUGCCUUCUGAGCGAGGAAUGUCGCAGCGAUCAGGCCUGCGUCUUCCAGAGGUGCACCAACCCCUGCCCUAGCAGCUGCGGGCCAAAUUCGGACUGCACCGUCGUCGACCACUCGCCGUACUGUAGCUGCGAGGUCGGCUUCGAGGGCGACGCCUUCGUCGGGUGCACUCGCAUCAUAGUGGAGCCGCCGGAAGUGCACGAUCCCUGCGUGCCGUCCCCCUGCGGUAGCAACGCCCUCUGCAACGUGAAGGACCAGGGCCCGGUCUGCACCUGCAUCCCACCGUACGUAGGAAAUCCCCAUGACGGCUGCAAACCGGAGUGUCGCAUCAGCGCCGAGUGCCCCAGCAACCUGGCCUGCAUCAACCAGCACUGUUUGGACCCCUGCCUGGGAGUCUGCGGAACGGAGGCCCGCUGCGAGGUCAGCAACCACGUCCCUGUCUGCACCUGCUUGGCCGGGUACACUGGAAAUCCGUUCCAAGCCUGCAAAUUGGAGAUAUCACCCCUGCCACCGCAAAAUCCGUGCACUCCACCUCCCUGCGGACCCUACAGUACCUGCAGGGUGAUGGAUAAUCGAGCGGUGUGCUCCUGCAUGCCCGGGUACCAGGGGACGCCGCCGAGCUGCCGACCCGAGUGCGUGGUCAGCUCCGAGUGUCCCCUGCACCUGGCAUGUAUCGGACAGAAGUGCGCAGACCCCUGUCAGAGUGGCUGCGGAUUGAAUGCGCAUUGCCAGGUCAGCAACCACAACCCCAUCUGUAGCUGCCCAUCGGGAUAUGCCGGAGAUCCGUUUCAGCAGUGCAUCAAAGAAGAAAUUCGGCCGCCGACGAACCCCUGCCUGCCGUCGCCCUGCGGACCCAACGCCGACUGUAGGGUCCACGCGAACCGCCCCACUUGCACCUGCGUUGCAGGCAUGUUCGGCGCGCCGCCAAACUGCAGGCCGGAGUGCGUCAUUCAGGAGGAUUGUCCCAGUUACCUCGCCUGCAUCCGCAACAAGUGUUCCGACCCGUGCAUCGGGUCUUGUGGCCUGAACGCCAAGUGCACUUGUCAGAACCAUCGACCCAUGUGCUACUGCUACGAGGGGUACGAAGGUGACCCGUUCUCCGGUUGCAACCCGAAAGUACAAGUGUCGGUUACUCCACCUAACCAGCCUUGCAACCCGUCUCCGUGCGGCUCCAACGCGAUUUGCACGGAACGCAACGGAGUUGGAUCCUGCACCUGUCUGUCGGACUACACCGGGAACGCCUACGAGGUUUGCAGACCGGAGUGCGUGCAGAACUCCGACUGCCUCCAGAACAGGGCCUGCAUAAACAACAAGUGCAAGAAUCCCUGCAUCGGAGCUUGCGGCUUGAACGCCGAGUGCCAAGUGUUCAACCAUCGGCCGUCCUGCAGCUGCGCGACGGAUCAUACCGGGAACCCCCUCGUCUCCUGCUACGCGACCCAACCGACGGAAACGAAGGUUCCCACCGAGCCGUGCCUCCCGUCGCCCUGUGGUGCCUACAGCAACUGCAGGGUUAUCGACGACCAUGCGGUCUGCUCCUGUCAACCUGGGUACAUAGGGAGUCCUCCGAGCUGCAGACCCGAGUGCGUGGUGAGUGCCGACUGCGACCAGAACAAGGCGUGCAUCGACCAAAAGUGCGAGGACCCGUGCACGAACACCUGUGGACAGAACGCCAACUGCCACGUCAUUAACCACAAUCCGGUCUGUAGCUGCAACCCAGGUUUCACCGGGGACCCCCUGAUCAUUUGCGCGAAGGAGUCAGUUGUGACCCCCUCGCCGAUUCCAAGCGGGAACCCCUGCCUGCCAUCCCCCUGCGGCCCCAACUCGCAGUGUCGCGAGAUCGACGGUUUCCCUGCAUGCUCCUGCCUACCUGGCUACCUGGGCAGGGCUCCGAAUUGUCGUCCAGAGUGUGUCAUCAACGAGGAAUGUCUCGGGAACUUCGCCUGCCUGAACGAGAAGUGCAUCGAUCCUUGCCCAGGGUCCUGCGGUGUGAACACGUACUGCAACGUCGUCAGGCACCGGCCACUUUGCACCUGCAACGCCGGGUACACCGGCAACCCGUUCACCGAAUGCAUCCCUAUCGUGCAAGAACCCACCACGACGGAGUCGCCACGCACCCCCUGCGACCCUUCGCCCUGCGGGGCAAAUGCAGUCUGCAGCGACAGGAACGGAGUAGGGUCCUGUGUCUGUAUUCCUGAAUACUUCGGAGAUCCUUACACGGGAUGCCGACCGGAAUGCGUCACCAAUACCGACUGCAACCGCAACAGAGCCUGUCUGAACAACAAGUGCGUGGACCCGUGCCCUGGAGCCUGCGGUCGCCAGGCCACCUGUUUCGUGACCAACCACACUCCCUCCUGCACCUGCAUGCCAGGCUUCAGCGGGGAUCCUUCGCAAGAAUGCGUCCGCAUGGAGGUGACCACCCCGCAGGUUACUUCCGACCCGUGCGAGCCGUCGACCUGCGGACCCAACAGCAACUGCAUCGCCUCCAAGGGUUACGCCGUGUGCUCCUGCAAGACCGGCUUCAUCGGCAGUCCACCUUCCUGCCGACCCGAGUGCACCACCAGUACCGAGUGCCCGCAGAACAAGGCUUGCAUCGACAAUACUUGCGCCGACCCCUGUCCCGGCAGCUGCGGCCAAAACACCAAGUGCCACGUUGUCAACCAUAACCCGGUGUGUAGCUGCGCCCCAGGUUACACCGGGGAACCUUUCGUCCAUUGCGCCAAGAUCGAGAUGCCUCUCACAGGUGAUAAGACGCUGGAAGGUGGAGUCAACCCCUGCGUGCCCAACCCCUGCGGCCCGAAUUCCCAGUGCAAGGUGGUCGGUUCUCAGCCGGCUUGCUCCUGCACCCCAGAAUAUUUUGGACGUCCUCCGUUCUGCAAACCAGAGUGCAAGGAUAACUCGGAAUGUCCUCCAUUAACGGCUUGCAUCAACGAGAGGUGCAAGAACCCCUGCCAAGGCGCCUGCGGACAGUAUGCCAGGUGCGCCGUGCAGAACCAUGCACCCGUGUGCACUUGCUUCGACGGACACACCGGGGAACCAUCGCUCGGUUGCACUCCUAUACCCGUGACGGAGCCCGAGCCAACGAACCCCUGCGAGCCGAACCCCUGCGGACCGAAUGCGCAGUGCCGCGAGAGGAAUGGCGCCGGGUCCUGCACCUGCCCCCUGAAUUACCUGGGCGACCCCCACGACCCUGUCAGAGGAUGCUACCCCGAGUGCGAGGCAGAUAGAGACUGCCCCUCUCACUUGGCUUGCGUGGAAUUCAAAUGCCUGGACCCCUGCACCUCCACCUGCGGACUGAACGCCCUCUGCCAGGUCGCCAACCACAACCCUGUCUGCAGCUGCCCACCCAACUAUACCGGGGACCCUUACUCCGUCUGCAUAGUCGAGGAGCUGAAAGUUUACCCCAAAGCUGACCCUUGCCUUCCGUCGACCUGCGGACCCAACAGCAAGUGCAAGAGCGUCAACGACCAGGCCGUGUGCACCUGCAUCCCUGGGUUCAUCGGGCUUCCGCCCAACUGCAGGCCAGAAUGCACCGCCAAUUCCGAUUGUCCGGUGCACCUGGCUUGCGUGAACAGCAAAUGUGCGGAUCCCUGCGUGAACACCUGUGGGCUGAGAGCUCAGUGCACCACCAGAGGCCACAACCCGAUCUGCACCUGCCCUUCUGGCUUCACGGGGGAUCCGUUCAAUCUCUGCUCCCCUCAUGUAACCGAGGUGAUCCCGGUGGUGGAACAGGUGCCAUCCUGCACCCCGUCACCCUGUGGGCCUAAUUCGCAGUGUCAGAUAAUCUCUGGCACGCCUGCUUGUUCCUGUUUACCGAACUACAUCGGAGCUCCCCCUGAGUGCAGACCAGAAUGUGUCUUAAGCUCGGAAUGCGAGAGCCAUCUCGCCUGCGUGAACCAGCGAUGCCAGGACCCUUGUGUGGGGUCCUGUGGGAUCAACGCUCGCUGCCACGUCUCGAACCGCAUCCCUGUCUGCACCUGCAUGGAGAGUUUCACCGGGGAUCCCUUUUUCCAGUGCACCGUCAUUCCGAUCAGUACCCAGCCAACGGUUCGAGAUCCUUGCAACCCCUCACCUUGUGGACCGAACACCGUGUGUCGAGACGGAGACUGCGAGUGUCUUCCGGAGUACUUCGGAAGCCCCUUCGAGGGAUGCCGACCGGAGUGCGUCCUCAGCAACGAGUGUCCUCGAGAUAAGACCUGCGUGCGCAAUCGAUGCAAGGACCCUUGCGUGGAUGUUUGCGGAGAAAACACUCGUUGCGACGUCGUCAACCAUAUCCCUGUAUGCUCCUGCGUACCUGGAUUUAUUGGCGAUCCUUUCGUCAAGUGCAGGGAACAACCUAAAGAGGUGACAGAGUACGAGGAUCCGUGCAGCCCCUCCCCCUGCGGACCGAAUAGCAACUGUAGGGCGAACGACCGACAUGCGAUCUGCUCCUGUCUGCAAGGGUACCUCGGGGUGCCUCCGUUCUGCAAGCCGGAGUGCGUUGUCAGCUCGGAAUGCUCGCCUACCAGAGCUUGCAUCAACAAGAAGUGCGUGGAUCCUUGUCCGGGAUCCUGUGGGUUGAAUGCGCGCUGCGAGGUCAUCAACCAUUCUCCGAUCUGCAGCUGCCUGCCCAAUCAGACCGGAGAUCCUUUCAGGAGUUGCUACGAUAAUCCAGUUGUGGUGGUCGAGCCCGAGGACCCCUGCAGCUCCAAGCCCUGCGGCCCUAACGCGCAUUGCCGCAACGUCAACGGAGUUCCAUCCUGCACCUGCCUGCCCUCCUACAUCGGAAGUCCACCCUCGUGUCGUACGGAGUGCAUAAUAAAUCCUGAUUGCUCAACGAACAAGGCGUGCGUUAACUCAAAGUGCAUAGAUCCCUGUCCUGGAUCUUGCGGAAACGACGCCGACUGUAAGGUCAUCAACCACGCGGUUAUCUGCACCUGCCCCGCAGGGUACACCGGAAAUCCGUUCGUCCAGUGCAUCGUGAGGAAAGAGGAGGUGAACCCCUGCGAGCCGUCGCCCUGCGGACCCAACGCGGUCUGCGAGAAGCAGGGCAGUGCCGGAGCCUGCAGAUGCGUCGAGUUCUACCAUGGGGAUCCAUAUGAAGGAUGUCAACCCGAGUGCAUCAUCAAUCCUGACUGCCCCGCGAAUAAGGCUUGCUUGGGAAAUAAGUGCGAGGAUCCCUGUCCAGGUGUGUGCGGAACCCUGGCGCAGUGUACCGUGGUGAAUCACAUCCCCGUGUGUACUUGCGUCCCCGGAUACGUCGGUAACCCGUUCACCCUGUGUCGACCCGAGGAGCAGCCAGUAACGGAGAGCACCCGAGUGGAGCCGUGUACGCCGUCGCCCUGCGGACCGAACAGCAUCUGCCAGGUGGCGAACUCUCAGGCCGUGUGCAUCUGCCAGGACAAUUACAUCGGUGCUCCUCCGAACUGUCGACCCGAAUGCGUGGUCAACUCGGAGUGUCCCCAGAAUCGGGCCUGCCACAAGUACCACUGCAACGACCCCUGCCCUGGCACCUGCGGGGUGGACGCGCUGUGUUACGUGGUCAAUCACAACCCUCUGUGUACUUGCCCCUCGGGCAUGACCGGAGACCCCUUCUCGAGGUGUUACGUCCAACCAGCCAUACCACCGGCAGCCAUGAGAAACCCUUGCGCCCAGAACCCAUGUGGACUGUACGCGGAGUGUAGGAGCGUUGGCGACCAAGCCGUGUGUUCCUGUCUGAAGAACUAUAUAGGAUCGCCUCCGAACUGUCGACCAGAGUGCUCCGUCAAUACCGACUGUCUCCCCAGCCAGGCUUGCAUCUCAGAGAAAUGCCGCGACCCCUGCAUCGGCUCCUGCGGCCAGAACACCAACUGUAGGGUGCAGAAUCACAUUCCUACCUGCAUCUGCCAACCGGGCUACACCGGGGAUCCGUUCAACGAGUGCUCACCCAUCAUCGAAGUGCCGCCCGUGCCUGCUGACCCCUGCAAUCCGUUCCCCUGCGGCCCCAACGCCGUGUGCGACAAUGGAGUGUGCACCUGCAGAGGGAACUACUUCGGUGACCCGUACACCUUCUGUCGACCAGAGUGCACCAUGAACUCCGACUGCGACAGGACCAAGUCUUGCAUCAACCAGCGGUGCAUCGACCCCUGCAACGGCAUCUGCGGGGUGGAUUCGCGAUGCGACGUUGUCAACCAUGUCCCCAUGUGCAGCUGCCCACCUGGCACGACUGGAAAUCCGUUCACAUUCUGUCGCAUAUAUCAGCCACCGACCGUACCCGCGGAGCCCUGCACUCCAUCCCCCUGCGGACCUAACAGCAUCUGCAGAGUCGUCGACGACUAUGCCGCUUGCACCUGCCAGGACGGCUACAUCGGCAAUCCGCCGUCUUGCAGACCGGAGUGCAUCGUGACUGCGGAGUGUCCUCUCACGCAGGCCUGUUUGUCGAACAAGUGCGAAGACCCCUGUCCGGGAACCUGUGGACAAAACGCCAAGUGUCAGGUCGUCAAUCACAACCCUAUCUGCAGCUGCGAGGAGAAGGACACCGGAAACCCCUUCGAGCGCUGCUACCCCAUGGCUCUCGAAGGCCCGAAGUUGCCUAGGAACCCAUGUGCACCUUCCCCAUGUGGUCUGAACGCGGAGUGUCAGAUUCGCGGCGACAGUGCCGCGUGUUCCUGUCUGCCGAAUUACGUCGGAGUUCCUCCAAACUGCCAGCCAGAGUGCACGAUCAAUCCUCAGUGUCCUCCUCAGCUCGCCUGCAUCCAGCAGAAGUGCAGAAACCCCUGCGACGGGCUCUGCGUGCUGAACGCGCGUUGUUCCGUCAUUAACCAUCACGCGGUUUGCACCUGCCUGGAGGACUUCACCGGGGAUCCCUUCAACAGCUGCCAGCCAGUGAUUAAAGAGCUCCCAGCACCACCCAAACCCUGCGACCCCUCGCCCUGCGGCGCCAACGCGUACUGUAGAGAGUCGUUCAACGGGGUCACCUGUGAGUGCACCCCUGGCUACAGAGGCAAUCCCUAUGAUGGCUGUCGGCCCGAAUGUCUGGUGAACAGUGACUGUCCGGCUUCUCGAGUGUGCACAAGGAUGAAAUGCGAAGAUCCCUGCAUAGACACCUGCGGCUUGGGCGCCAUAUGCACGGUCUCCAACCACGUGCCCAUCUGCUCUUGCCCUGCCAAAACCACUGGAUAUGCCUUCACCUCCUGCGAGCCCAUCGCCAUCGACGUCGGAAUAGUGGACCCCUGCAAUCCGUCACCCUGUGGAUCGAACACCAUCUGCGAAAAGUCUGGCUCCACCGCCACCUGCAGGUGCCUACCAGGUCUGACCGGCGACGCGUCCAGCGCUGCUGGGUGCAGACCCGAGUGCGUCCUGGCCUCGGACUGCCCUGGGGACAAGACAUGCGCCGACAGCCGGUGCAUCGACCCCUGCAGCAGAGACGUCUGCGGACGAGCCGCCACCUGCAGAGCGGUGAACCACAGUCCACUCUGCAGCUGCCCCCCGCCACUCUUCGGGAACCCGUUCGUGGAAUGCUACGAGAAGGAAGAGAUCGAUCCUUGCAAUCCUUCGCCAUGUCGAUCGAAUGGCGAGUGCCAGGUCAGGAAUGGCGUCGCGUCUUGUAUAUAUCCCGAGUGCGUUGUCAACUCGGAUUGCUCGAGAGAUAAGUCUUGUUUCUCGAGAAAGUGCAGGGACCCUUGCAUCGGGGCGUGUGGAGUCAACUCGCUCUGUCAAACUGUCAACCACAAGGCCGUUUGUUCCUGCCCCAGCGGAUACGAGGGUGACCCCAGGAUUCAAUGCAGGAUCCAGGACCUGCCAGUCGCACCCAAGCCGGAAUGCUACCAACACGUGGACUGCCCGAUGGAGAUGGUCUGCGUCGAGCGGAGGUGCGUCGACGCUUGCAGCCUGAACUCCUGCGGGAUCAACAGCCGAUGCCACGUGCAGCUGCACAGGGCAAUCUGUAUCUGUAACCCCGGAUUCACCGGGAACCCCCAGACGGGCUGCAGCGAAAUCGGAUGCAAGAGCGACAGCAUGUGCCCGCCAACCCAAGCCUGCGUGAACAAAGAGUGCAUCGACAUCUGUCUGGUGAUGCAAUGUGGACUGCACGCACAGUGCCAGGCCGAUGGAUUCCACAGGGCCAGCUGCCGCUGCCCGGAGGGAUCCUUCGGCAACCCCUACGAGGAGUGUCGAAGACCGGAGUGCUCGGUGAACCAGGAUUGUCCGUCUUUCCUGGCUUGUCAAGCUGGAAAGUGCGUUGAUCCUUGCAACUGCCCUCCCAGCGCGCAGUGUUACGUCGACGACCAUCGCCCCACCUGCAAGUGCACCGCAGGUUUCGUGGGCGACCCCUACGUGUCCUGCACUAUAGAGCCUGUCAAGAACCGACCCGAAUGUCAAAAUGACGGGGACUGUCCAAACAAAUUGGCCUGCUUCGACGGUACCUGCGAGAACCCCUGCGAGCAUUCCGUACCCUGUGGCACGAACACUAAGUGCACCGCCGUUGGCACCCUUCCGACCAGGACGAUGAUCUGCGAGUGUCUGCCAAAUUUCAUCGGCGAUGCCAACGUUGCUUGCCGACCAUUGGAAAAAGUCAUCGAGCCGGAGUGCACCGCGGAUUCGGAGUGCAGCCACGACGAGGCGUGCCUGAACAGGAAGUGCACCAACCCCUGCACUCUCAGACUGUGCGCGAACUCGGCGGAGUGUCGGAUGCGCGACCACCGGUACACCUGCAGCUGCCCCCCUGGAAUGAUCGGCGACCCCUACGUCUCCUGCUAUCGAGAAGUCUCCAUCACGCCGGAGUGCGAGUCGAACUCGGAUUGUGCCCCGACCUUGGCCUGCGUGAACCAGGUUUGCCAGAAUCCGUGUCUGGAUAGAAAUUGCGGAUCGAACGCCGAGUGCUCGACCAUCGACCAUCACCCGACCUGUAACUGCCAGCAAGGGUUCGCGGGUAACCCGCAGGUGCAGUGCUUCAGACCGAGUUGCCGAACCAACGACGACUGCCCCUACGACAAGAACUGUCGCAACGGCAACUGCGUGACCCCGUGUCUCGGCGACGACGUCACCUGCGGUCGAGGAGCCAAGUGCACCGUGAUCGCCCACGAGGCGCAGUGCUCCUGCCCCCCUGGGACGCAGGGCAACCCUCAGAUAGCCUGCAUCUCGGCAGCCUGCCAGUACAACGAGGACUGCGACGACCACGAGGCUUGCGACAGGCUGAACCGAAUCUGCCGACCCGUGUGCGAGGACGACACCUGCGCAACGAGUGCAACCUGCAUCCCGAGAGACCAUCAGCCCAAGUGCAUCUGCGGGCCAGGGACCACAGGGAACCCUCACGUCGAAUGCACGAGGUUGACGCCUCAGCCAGGCGUCUCGAUCGUGCCGGAAUGCAGCCAGGAUAGAGAAUGCGCUUUAGGAUUGAUCUGCCUCAACGGGAACUGCAAGGACCCCUGCAUCACCUCCAACAUGUGCAGCGGCGACCAGGAGUGCAGGGUCCUCGACACGGUGCCGCUUCGAAUAACCAUUUGUCAGUGUCCUAAGGAUACGAUCACCGACGUCAAUGGCAGGUGCAACAGAACGGUGUCGAGCGACGAGUGCAGGUCCGACCAGGAAUGCCGAGACCACGAGAACUGUCUGAACGGCGGCUGCAAGGAGGCCUGUCUGGACACGAACUGCGGAAUCAAUGCUCAAUGUCGGUCCAAGUCGCACACCGGGAUCUGUACCUGCUCCCCGGGUUACACAGGGAACCCUUACGUGGAGUGCUCAAAAGUUCCCCCCGAUUCCGGAUCGUCGGUGUUCGUGGACUGCUACAGCAACGACGACUGCUCGAGCGACAGACGAUGCACCAACUCCCGAUGCAUCAGCCCCUGCCUCGUGGAUAACCCUUGCGGCAGGAACUCCCUUUGCCACGUCAGCGACCACCGGCCGAUCUGCAAAUGCCCCAUCAGCUACGCGAUCGACCGCAACGGAAACUGCGUACCGCCCAGCAUAAUAGCGGAGUGCAGGUCCAACUCGGACUGCCCCAGCACGGACAGCUGCAUCAACGGACUUUGCACCAGCCCCUGCAACUGCGGCGACAACGCGAAGUGCGUCGUCCUGAACCACUACCCAUCCUGCAGCUGCCUUCCUGGUCACUCCGGGAAUCCUCAGCUGGGAUGUACGAAACUGGAGUGCGAGUCCGACACCGACUGCGGGUCCCAGGAGACGUGCUACAACAAUCGAUGCAUCAACCCCUGCAGCCUGGAGAACGUUUGCGCGAUAAACGCCGAAUGCUACGGACAGAACCAUCGCUCCGCUUGUCGAUGUCUACCCGGGUAUAACGGGAAUCCUCGGGCGGUCUGCGAAAGGGUGGAGUGUAGCAGCAAUUACGAGUGCGUCUCCAACCUGGCCUGUCAGAACGGCAGGUGCGUGGACCCGUGCAUAGAGAAUUUCCCGUGUGCCCAGAACGCGAUCUGCGCCGUGAGGAGCCACGAGCCGUUCUGCAGGUGCCCGGAGCACCUGCACGCCGGAGACCCUUACUCCUAUUGCCAACGACCCGCGGUGAUCGUCGACCAACCCGAGUGCAAGCUGGACGUGGAGUGCCCCAGCAAGCUGGCCUGCUUCGACGGGGUCUGCAAGGACCCCUGCGCGGAGAUCAGACCCUGUCUGGCGAACGCCAGGUGCAGCGUGCUGGACACCGCGCCGGUGCGCACGAUGGUCUGCACCUGCAUCCAAGGCUGGCUGACCGACCUCGACGGAACCUGCAAACCGAUUCCUCUGGCGCCAGUCGGAGGCUGCACCGCGGACGACGAGUGCAGCGACCAGGAGGCCUGCAUCGCGAGGCUGUGCAGGACCCCCUGUAGCUGCGGCUCGAACGCCGAGUGCUACGUGCAGAAUCAUAAGCCGGUCUGCUCCUGCAGGCCAGGGUACCAAGGGAACCCCUACACGGCCUGUACCUCGGUUGAGUGCAGGACUCACGUGGACUGCCCCUGGGACAGGUCCUGCCUGAACGAGAACUGCGUGAACCCCUGUCUCCUGUCGAACCCGUGUGGGCUGAACGCCGAGUGCUUCGCACGCGGCCACGUGGCCGACUGCAGCUGCAGACACGGUUACCACGGAGAUGCGUUCGAGCGCUGCGACGUCAUCAGGUGCUACACCAACGCCGACUGCCCGGCGAAUCGCGCCUGCGUGAACGCCCAGUGCGUGGACUCCUGCGUCCAGGAGAAUCCUUGUUCGUCCAGGGCCGAAUGUCACGUUCGAGAGCACCUGCCCAUCUGCAGGUGCCCGGCAGGUUACGCGGGCAACCCCUACGUGGACUGCAGCCUCGAGGAGCGACCCGAGUGUACCGCCGACGACGACUGCCCCAGCGUGCUGGCCUGCUUCUCCGGCAAGUGCGAGAACCCCUGCACCGUCAUCCACCCCUGCACGGAGCCUUCCGAGUGCCGAGUGCUGCCGACCUCUCCGACCAGGACAAUGAUCUGCGACUGCCCCAGUGGAUACGUCAGCAGCGGCAGUGGCACCUGCCAGGCCAUCAAGUCCAUUGUCACCAUUGAGUGCACCCGCGACAGCAACUGCGCCAGCGACAAGGCUUGCGUCAACGCCCUCUGCAGGGACCCCUGCGGCUGCGGCUCCAACGCGGUCUGCAACGUCGUCGAGCACAAGCCCAUCUGCUCCUGUCUGUCCGGAUACGAAGGGAACCCUAACAUCGAGUGCGUCAAAGCCACGGGCUGCAGGUCCGAUCGCGAGUGCAGCGGCACCGAUGUCUGCGUGCAGCGCAGCUGCAUCCAGGCCUGCACCUCCAGCCUCGUCACCUGUGCCAGGGAGGCCGAGUGCCGCGCCAUCAACCACAGGGCGAUCUGCAGGUGCCCCGCGGGAUACGAGGGGAACCCCCGAGUCUCCUGCAUCCUCGCGGAGUGCCGCAGCAAUUCGGACUGCCCGACCAACAGGGCCUGCAUCAACAGCAGGUGCGAGGAUCCUUGCCUGGCCAACCCCUGCCAGCCCGAAACGAUCUGUUCCGUCAAUGCCCACGUCUUUGAGUGCACCUGCCCGCCAGGGUACGCUGGGAGCGCGAAGACGGGCUGCACCAAAGUGGCCGAAAAAUGCAAGAUCGACUCCGAGUGUCCUGCCCAGUUCGCCUGCUUCGAUGGGGAGUGCAUCAACCCCUGCAAGAAGAUCCAGCCCUGCGGAGUCAACACCAGCUGCAAGGUGCUGGACACCGUCCCUGUGCGGACGAUGAUCUGCAAGUGUCUCCCCGGGUAUUUCGGCAACGCCAUCGUCCGCUGCACAAAGGCUCCCAUCUGCGAGGCCGACAGGGGUCAAAUCCGCGACGAGAACGGCAACUGCGUGUGUGCUCCUGGCAGUGCUCUCAACGCGAACGAGAUCUGCGUUCCCUGUCGCACCAACUCCGGGAUGAUCAUCGACAACAAGGGAUACUGCGUUUGCGCCCUGGAGAGGGGCAUGAUCAUCGACGAGUACGGUCGUUGCGUGUGUCCCACGGAACACGGAUACGUCCUGGAUGCAUUCGGAUACUGCAAACUCGUUGGACUUACAUGCCUGAGCAACGACGAGUGCGUCGACAGCCAGUACUGCGAGAAAACCACGAAGACCUGCGAGGAUCCCUGCAGGAAGCAGAUUUGUGGGGGGAAUGCCGUUUGCAGUGCGACCAACCACCAGGCCAUCUGCUCCUGCAUACAUGGCUACAGUGGCGACGCCUACUUCUAUUGCAAUAACAAGAGGGACUGGAGGACCGACUUCCCCACGCCGGGACUGGUGGCGAACUGCUUGUCGGACGGCGUGCAAGUGGAGAUCAACCUGCUGGACGAAGGAUUCGAUGGCCUGCUAUAUGUUAAGGGGCACAGCAAAGAGGAGCAGUGUCGACGAAUUAUAUUGAUACCCGAGACGAUGAGGAAGUACGUGGUGAUCAAGAUCGCAUUUGGAAGCUGCGGCUUGAUCCUCAUCAAUGGCGAGGCGAGCUUCGUGCUGGUCAUCCAGAAGCACCCGAAACUGGUGACGUACAAGGCGCAGGCCUAUCAUUUCACCUGCAUUUACCAGACCGGGGAGCAAAACGUCACCCUCGGCUUCAACGUCUCGAUGCUGACGACCGCAGGGACGAUCGCGAACACCGGCCCUCCUCCGACGUGUCUCAUGAAGAUCGUCGCCCAGAACGGGAACGAAAUCAGCUCGGCGGAAAUCGGGGACAACCUGAUGCUGCAGGUGGAGGUGCAGCCGUCGUCGAUUUACGGCGGUUUCGCCCGCAAUUGCGUGGCGAAGACGAUGGAGGACAAUCAGGAGAACGAGUACCUGGUGACCGACGAAAAUGGAUGCGCCACCGAUCCGACGAUUUUCGGCGAGUGGGAGCUCAAUCCUGACUCCCAGUCUCUAAUGGCCAGCUUCAAUGCCUUCAAGUUCCCCAGCAGCGACAACAUCCGAUUCCAGUGCAACAUUCGCGUGUGCUUCGGUCGUUGUCAGCCGGUUAACUGUCGAGGGUACAACGCCUUCGGACGUCGGCGCAGGUCCAUCGACUCCGACGCCAACGAAACGUUGAGCAGCGCGACCGAAGAGUACGAAGGCCAGUUGAGGGAAGAAAUAACGAUUCAGUCGAAUUUGAUCUUCACCGUGGAGAGGAGAGAAGAAAGAUACACGGCGGACCCCGCCGAAGGUAUUCCUGCUGCCCAGCGCGUGGAGGACAUCUGCGUGUCCAUGGUGGGCUUCGUAAUCUCGUUGGUGAUAACGACUCUCCUCGCCCUGGUCGCCGUCGCCAUCGCCGUUUCUUGUUGGCUGAUGGCUUACCGACGCCUGCCAAAGAGCACGGGACCCCUGCCACAUCCCCCCGAGUUCCCGAACCCUCUGUUCACGACGGAAUCGGUGGCCGAACCGUCGCCCGACUAUCACAUCUCCUAGACAUUAGUUGAACGUUACUUGGGCGAUGCUCGGUCAAGGAUAUUAAUUUAAUCCACUCUCAGCGCGGAACAUCGUCCAACUUCUUAUUGCUAGCGAAAGCUCGAUCGUAAUCUAUCGGCAUCUCCUUCGGCGACUGAUUCUCGUAUCUCUUUCGAAGGAUCGAGCGAGACGCCUCCUUCUUAGUCUGAUGAAUCGUACUAAUUUAUCUCUUAAUAUACCUUUUACGUUAAGUUUUACGUAAGUUCGCUUUCAGUCGCCGGAAGACUUGUCUUUUUCUCCGCACGUCAUACAACGAAUUCAUCCCCGGUGCAUUGCAAAGCUAAAUAAGCUGUACAUUUUAUACCUAAUCAAAAUGUAUUAAGAUGA